CACUUUAACGUGCGCUGUCAGCUGCCGUUAAAGCUGAAAGCGAAGAAGAAGCGGCGCUAACAAUGGCAGCUUCCACGGAGUUACGGAUGGAUCACCUCCCUUCAGACCCGCUGCUGCACAUUUUAUCCUUCCUGGGCUUCAGGGACCUGAUCCAUUGCAGUUUUGUCAGCAGGAGGCUGAACGAGUUGUACAAACACAACCCGCUGUGGAAACCGCUCUGCUCCAAACACUGGCUGCUGACAGAUGCGGACCGGCUGCAGAGCGGCGUGUCCUGGUUCUGUCUGUUCAAACAGUACUACAGGGACCUGGGCCGCUACAUCCAGUACUACCCGGUUCUGAAGAGGGCCUGGGAGCAGCUGAAGAGCUUCCUGCAGCAGAGGUGUCCUCGCAUGAUCGCAUCGCUCAAAGAGGGCGCCACAGAGGUGGAGCUUAACGACAUCGAGGCUCAGAUCGGCUGCAGACUCCCAGACGACUACCGCUGCUCGUACCGGAUCCACAACGGACAGAAACUGGUGAUCCCGGGGCUGAUGGGCAGCAUGUCCCUGUCUAACCACUACCGCUCGGAGGUCCUGCUGGACGUGGAGACGGCGGCCGGAGGUUUCCAGCAGAGGAAGGGCAUGAGGCGCUGCCUGCCGCUCACCUUCUGCUUCCACACCGGACUCAGCCAGUACAUGGCGCUGCAGCCCGCCGAGGGCCGCAGGAUGUUCGAGAGCUUCUACCCCUGCCCCGAUCAGACGGCUCAGGAUCCUUCAGCCAUCGACAUGUUCAUCACAGGUUCCUGUUUCUCGGAGUGGUUCACCGCCUACGUCCACCACGUCGUCUCGGGAGACUAUCCAAUCAUCAGAGACCAGAUCUUCAGGUACGUGCACGAUAAGGGCUGCGUGUCGACCACCGGCGACAUCACCGUCUCCGUUUCCACCGCCUUCCUGCCAGAGCUUUCCUCCGUCCAUCCGCCGCACUUCUUCUUCACCUACCGCAUCAGGAUAGAGAUGUCGAGCGGCGCGCCGCCCGAAGCCGCCUGUCAGCUCGACAGCCGCUACUGGAAAAUCACCACCUCCGACGGCAACGUGGAGGAGGUUCAGGGGCCCGGCGUGGUCGGAGAGUUUCCCGUCAUGACGCCGGGGAAAGUCCACGAGUACGCGAGCUGCACCACCUUCUCCACGCCGUCAGAGUACAUGGAGGGCCACUACACCUUCCACCGGCUGGCCAACAAAGAGGAAGUUUUCCACGUGGCCAUCCCUCGCUUCCACAUGGUGUGCCCGCCCUUCAGAGAGCCGCCGGGCCGAACGCAGAAGGCGUCGACCAGUUACACGCCUCGCCUCGACGACCACGACGAUGACGGCGAGUUCUGCGACGGAGACGGCGACGACUUCGGCGACCUGAGAGGAAUCAACAUGGCCGCCUUGGAGGGAGCGUGGUGCCCGCGACACAUCUGACCUCACGGCCGCCACCUGCUGCGGCGUCGCCCGGGGCAACCAGACGGACUGUCAGCCAUUCAGGUCCGACGACACUAAAGCCUCCUCGUGGCCUGACUGACUGACGGACAGCAGGGGAUUCUGGGACAUGUAGUACCUCACAGGGGACAGGAGGCUGUGGACGAGGUGUUAUUAAAAAGAUGUGCUACUCUUUCUUGUUACGAUGUGAAACAGUUUAAAUAAGCUCGGACCGACGGGACGAUGACCUCGUGGGUUUGGACACAAGAUGGCCGCCGCCGGUUGCUGCAACUUCCUUUCUAGACUUUGUGGGCCAAUCAGGAGCGAGCCGGAGCUUUUUAUAAGACGCUCCUGGUGUGAAUGUUGAUCUGAUGUUUAAGGUUUGGUGCGGUUCCUCCGUCAGAAGGUUCUUUAAAGGUUCUUUCCCACAGCAGGAACCCGGGGGGGGGGGGCGGGUUUCAUCCUCCGAGCGCCCAACCGCCAGAAUCCAGACAACACGACAGACGACUUGAUGACAAAAUGGCGUCAGAGUUGCCUUAAAGCCCUUGGCGGCAGUUUGUUGGUUUUAAGCCCCAGGUUUCGUCUUUCAGGCUACAUGCAGCCUGGCCCGACUCGGGUUGUGUUGGCUGCGUGCAGCCUGAGAAGACACGCUCAGCGCUAAGAUAAACGCUUUCACCUCCUGGAUCGACGAUGUUAGCCACGCUAGCGGCUAAUCUGUAAUGUCUCGACGAGGAUUUAGAUAAAAUUCACACACACUGGACUGAUGAGGUUAAUGUGGCGCUCUACUACGAUUUAGAGCUACUUGUACUUCACGGUACUUCAUACUACUUCUCUACGUUUGACGGCCUCGGAGACUUUGCAGACCCGACUUUUCGUCUGGCGCCACCGUGAGGACAAAGUUUGACUUAACCGCUAAUUAGCAAAUGUCAGCACGCUAGAAACGCUAAACUACGAUGGUGAACGUUAGCUUACGCUAUCACUGCUGUACUCCUGGUUGAUGCGAUCGUGACGUCACAGCAGCUCGACCAAUCAUGACCGACGACUCGUUCCUGCGGUGGGAAAGGCUUUAAAGACGAGGUGUUCCUCAUGUAAUCCCUGAUUAAUCAUGUUUUUUGUUUGCUGAUGGCGGGCGGCGUGCGACCAUGUAGUAGAAAGCUUGUUUUUAGUUUGUGCAGAAGAAGAAGAGGGGGCUGUCGGC